CUAUGGGCGCUCGCGAUGGACGGGCGGCGCCACGCGCCCGCCAAUGCCCGCGCGGUGGGGGCGGUGCCGCUGCAACGGCCGCGCCGGCUGCGGACACCCCCGGCUGCUCCCGAGCGCACCGGACGGAGCCCGGCCAGCGCUGCCAGACCUGCCGCCCUCCGCAGCCGCCGCACAAUGGCUGAAAAAUUGGUGAAACCAGCAAAACGAUUAUCCUCAGAAUUAAACUCCCAUGAGGGAGCUACGGCAGGAGACAUAAGUGCUCUGGAAGAGGCCUUUAGAAAAUUUGCUGUCCAUGGUGAUACAAGAGCCACAGGAAAAGAAAUGCAUGGGAAGAACUGGUCAAAGCUAUGUAAGGACUGCCAUAUCAUAGAUGGGAAGAAUGUGACAACCACAGAUGUUGACAUUGUCUUCAGUAAAAUCAAGGGAAAGUCUGUAAGAACUAUUACUUUUGAGCAGUUUAAGGAAGCUCUUCAAGAACUCUCCAAGAAGCGAUUUAAAGGCAAAAGUGAUGAGGAAGCCCUUCAAGAAAUGUAUAAGUUAAUUGAAGGAAAAGGCCCAGGUUUAACUGGAGUAACGAAGACCGUUGCAUCUCCAACUGUUUCACGCCUUACAGAUACUUCAAAAUUCACGGGUUCUCACAAAGAGAGAUUUGAUGCCAGUGGGAAAGGAAAAGGCAGAGCUGGCCGAGAAGAUCUGGUGGAUAACUCAGGAUAUGUAUCUGGUUAUAAGCAUGCAGGCACAUACGAUCAUAAAGUACAAGGAAACAAAGGUUGCCAAUGCACAUACUUCUUACCUUGCACAAACUCCUGUGUUCUCUGGAUUCCUCUGUGAGCUCAUGUCAUAUGUCAACUUGCCAGAAGACAAGUUGAUCAGGAAAAAGAAGACUCUCUUCUGUGCUGGAUUAAUGAACUGACUUGAAGAAUUGUC